AUGCGGGUAGACCCUAUGACAAGAAUGGAAAAAAAGACAAACUGGUGGUCAAAUAAAACGCUUGAAGAAUUUUAUAAAAUAAUAAAUUGCUACAAAACGCAAUACUCCGCGUACAGGAUAUUAGGAAAAUGGCCUUUCAAUGUAAAUAAAACAGCUGAAGAGAUUGCUGCGGACAACGGUGCUUUAAAAACAUCACUCAAGGCGUAUUACAAAUGGGCAAAGCCGAAUCCCAAUAAAACAUGGCUGCUCCCAGGACUCAAUUAUACCAAUGAACAGUUGUUCUUCAUUGGAUUUGCACAGCACUUUUGUGGAACCUCUACCCUUAAAUAUCGAAAGGACUUUAAUACUAAUAGAGAUCAUGGAGAUGAUAAAUUCAGGUUUGUAUAUUGGCUGGUAAUAUUAUUGAAAUUAACCCUUCAACUAGGAUCAACAAACAUGAUAUCACGAUCCUUUGUUCAUUUUAACAGGAUUAUUGGUUCCUUGGCAAAUUCCUGCGAGUUUGCCAAUGCAUUCAAGUGCAAAAAGUACAGUCCAAUGAAUCCAAUCAACAAAUGCUAUCUGUGGAGUAAAGAAGGAACAUUGAACUAACAAUAUGAUCCCGUGCUAACAAUUGCUAAUCGUUGUAUCAACCAGUAAACGCCUGAUAAGUUUGAUAUCAAAAACAGUAGUUCAUUCUUAAUGAAUGAAUAAAAUGAUGAAUACCUUGAAAA